GAGGCAAGAGUUCCUGUUACUGAAAUAGAAAAACAAGAAAUAACACCUGUUCCUAAAGAGGAAGAACUCGAAGAAAGAGUUCCUGUUCCUGAAGUAGAAAAACCAGAAAUAACACCUGGCCCUAAAGAGGUAAAACCUAAAGAAGCAGUUACUGUUCCUGGAGAAGAAAAACCAGAAAUAACACCAGUAUCAAAAGAAGAAAAACCAGAAAUUACACCUAUUGUAAAAGAGGAAAAAACUGAAGAAACAGUUCCUCUUCCUGAAGUAGAAAAACCAGAAAUAACACCUGUCCCCAAAGAGGAGAAACCUAAAGAACCAAUUCCUGUUCUUGCAGAAGAAAAACCAGAAAUAACACCUGUAUCUAAAGAGGAAAAACCUGAAGCAAUAAUUCCUGUUACUGAAAUAGAAAAACCAGAAAUAACACCCGUCCAUAAAGAAGAAAAACUUAAAGAAAGAGUUCCUGUUACUAAAGAAGAAAAACCGCUAAUAAUUCCUACUCCUAUACAGAAGGAAAAACCAGAAAUAAUACCUAUUCCUAAAGAGCAAGAACUUGAAGAAAGAGUUCCUGUUCCUGAAGUAGAAAAACCAGAAAUAACACCUGUCCCCAAAGAGGAAAAACCAAAAGAAGCAGUUUCUGUUCUUGCUGAACAAAAAACUAUUCCUAAAGAGGAAGAACUUGAAGAAAGAGUUCCUGUACCUGAAGUAGAAAAACCAGAAAUAACACCUGUCCUCAAAGAGGAAAAACCAAAAGAAGCAGUACCUGUUCUUGCAGAAGAAAAACCAGAAAUAACACCUGUAUAUAAAGAAGAAAAACCUGAAGAAAGAUUUCCUGUUCCUGAAGUAGAAAAACCAGAAAUUACACUUAUUGCUAAAGAGGAAAAACCUGAAGAAAGAGAUCGUUUUCCUGCAGAAGAAAAACCAGAAAUAACACCUGUAUCUAAAGAGGAAAAACCUGAAGCAAGAGUUCCUGUUACUGAAAUAGAAAAACCAGAAAUAACACCUGUUCCUAAACAGGAAGAACUUGAAGAAACAGUUCCUGUUCCUGAAGUAGAAAAACCAGAAAUAACACCUGUACUCAAAGAGGGAAAACCAAAAGAAGCAGUACUUGUUCUUGCAGAAGAAAAACCAGAAAUAACACCU